UUUUUGAGAGACAGAGUUUGGCUACAUAGAUCAGGCUAGCUUUAAACUCACAGAGAUGUAUCUACCUCUCCCUUUCAAAUGCUACAAUAAAAGUUGUGUGCCAGCAUACACAGCUUUUAAAAUGUCUUUAAGACAGUGUCUUUCUAUGUAUUCCAGGUUAGCUUUGAACUAGUAGUGAUCUUCCUGCCUUAGCCUUCUGGGUGCUUAGGUAAUGGCAUAUGCCACCACAUCUAGAAUUUUCCUCGGUAUUAAAGUAUUGUGGCUAGUGUAUUUUCAGUUCAGACUUUUUGGUAACUUGAAUUAGGUAUUGGAAGCUCAGGGCUGUUGCAGAAUGUUAAGUCUUUGACCAGAUGGGUUAUUAAUCAGAAAAUAACAUGGGAACUUCAGGGCAUCCCUUACCCUCCCCCCUCCCCCUUUUUUAAAAAAGAAUUAUUUAUUUUAUGUGAGUACAUUGUCUCUGUCUUCAGACACACCAGAAGAGGGCAUCAGAUUCCAUUAUAGAUAGUUGUAAGCCACCAUGUGGUUGCUGGGAAUUGAACUCAGGACUUCUGGAAGUACAAUUAGUGCUCUUAACUGCUGAGCCAUCCUCUCUCUAGCCCCCCUUACCCCUUUUUGAGACAAGUCCUUACUAUGUAGCCAUGGCUUGGAACUUGUUAUGUGCAUCAGACAGCCCCCAAACACAAAGAGAUCUUCCUGCCUCUGUUUCCCAAGUGCUGGGAUUAAAGGUGCCACCAUAUCUGUAUAUUCCAUUUUAACAUACCAAACUUUGUAAACUUCUGUUUUUGUUUUUUGUUUUUUUUUUUUUAACAUUUUUGAUUAUUUUUCUUGGAACCCUAUCUUGUUAGCAGAUUCUUUAAUUUAUUCAGAAAAGAUGACUUCAGUGUAGCUGAAUUUUAAUAGAAUUGUAAUUUUAUUUUUUAUUGUAUAUAAUAAAGGGUACUUUAAAGCUAAAGGGUACUUUAGCCUUAGUUUUGCUAUUAUUGGGAAUAGAUCAGAGAAAUAAAUACCAUCUUCAUUCUCCAUGCCAAUGUGUUCUUCAACAUCAAACCCAGGGCCUUGUUACAUGCUUGGUCUGCUUCUGAGCUAUAGCCAAAUCUUCAAGAACUCUUCUUUUUGUAUCUGGUUUAUGACCUAUAAUCUUUAGGAUAACAGUGUGCUAUACUGAAGAUUCAUUAGUUUUUUGCUUUUAGUUUGAUAUGUUUUCUAUAAAUUAGUAGGUUAUAUCAUACAUUUUCUGAAGUUUGAGGUUUACAUCAUUCAGGCUAGCAUUGUUUGGAUGGUUUUGCAAGAAUAUAGUUACUCAAGUCUUAAUAUAGCCUGUUAUUUUAACAUAUGCAUAUUGAAUAAAAAGUAAAACUUGAUUAAAGAAAACUUAUAUAUAGAAUUUUUCCUACCAUUGGCUAGGAAUAGAACAUUCUGUCAUUCCCUCUUUAUUUGCCUGAAAUGACCUUUAAGUCAUUUUACUAAAGCUCAGCUAUUAUCAGUUAUAAGAUAAUGUCAUUUGAAUCCUGGCCAUAAUGUGAUUUCUGGUAUUCACCUGUAUGAAUGUCUAGUAAAAAUAGAAAUUAAGUCAUUAAAUAGAUGCAAAAUAUUUACCUAGAUGAAGUUAAUACUUGGUAUAAUAGUACUCUCCUGAGAAAAGGGGAGGAAAAUAUUAAGGGUAAACUAGGGAAAAAGGUUGAUGGACCAAGAGUAUUUUGCUCUGCAAGCAUAAGGACCGGAGCACAAAAUACCAGUCCCUUGUAAAAUGGUGUACAUUGCUGUGUGUUCCUGUAACCCCAGCAUUGGGGGAGGAAAGCAGGCAGGUCUGAGAACUUGUUGGUCAGUCAGCCUAGGUGACUGUUCCAGUUUAGGGGGAGACCUUGUCUGAAGGCAGUAAGACAGAGUAGGACUCCAAUGCUCUGUCCUUUGCGUGUGGUAUGUAGGCAUCUCAUGUACGUGUAUCACACAUAGCAAUCCCCUUCCCUACAAACAAAACAUACCAAAAAACCUCACUAAAAAACGAGUGUGGACAACGGAAAGAGCAUUGGAUGAGCCUAGGAUUUGGGCAUUGUUACAGAGAAGUCAUUGGUGAUCUUUGCUAGAUACAUCACCACUCUGAGAGACUUUUUUUUUUUUUGAGAAAUGUUGUGGCUUUUUGACCAGUUUUAGAAGUUUGUGAUUAUGUCUGUUUUGCCUUGUGAAAAAAAUUAAUAGCAUAAAGCUUCAAGGUCUUUUUUGAUUGUUUUGAUGAAUAAUUUUAGAAGACUGAUUUGGAUUAUUCUUUGUAAAACUAGUUUUAAAGGAGGCAUGAAACUGGAAUUAUUUAGUUUUAUAUUUAUUUGUACUUCACUAUUGUCUUUUUCUUUGUUUGCUUAUUUGAGACAGCCUCACUGUGUAGCCCUGGCUGGCCUGGAAUUUGCUAUGUAGCCUAAGUUAGCCUCAAACUCUCUUUUGAGUGAAUAGAGAUUGACCCACUUCUACUGCCUGUGUGCUAGGAUUAAACAAACUGUACUGGCUAGUUUAGUGUCAACCUGACACAGCUGGAGUUAUCACAGAAAAAUGAGCUUCAGUUGAGGAAAUGCCACCAUGAGAUCCAACUGUAAGGCAUUUUCUCAAUUAGUGAUCAAGGGGGAAAGGCCCUUUGUGGGUGGGACCAUCUCUGGGCUGGUAGUCUUGGUUCUAUAAGAGAGCAGGCUGAGCAAGCCAAGGGAAGCAAGCCAGUAAAGAACAUCCCUCCAUGGUCUCUGCAUCAGCUCCUGCUUCCUGACCUGUUUGAGUUCCAGUCCUGACUUCCUUGCUGAUAAACAAAAGUAUGGAAGUGUAAGCCGAAUCCUUUCCUCCCCAACUUGCUUCUUGGUCAUGAUAUUUGUGCAGGAAUAGAAACCCUGACUAAGACACAAACCAUGACUGCUUCAUAGUGUCACUUUAAAAGAAGCAACUAAAUGAGAAAAGUAGAACCUACUGCCCAAAGAAAAGAAUCUUUUUGGAUUUUCAUUGUAAGAGUGAGGGCCACAUAUGUAAUCUGUUAGCCAGAGUACAUGUAUUUAUAUAUAAAUUGUUUCUGUACAAGUCAGUGUAUUACUGUUAUAAUUCUCCCUGAUUUUGUUAUGAAAAUAUUAGCCAUUCAAAAAGCUGAAAUAAUUAUUUAUACUCUAUAAUCAAUGCAUCAAUUAUAGUCCUAAUUUUUCCUUUUAUUUAUCUCACAUUUCCUAUCAGUCUUUUUUUUUUAUUUACUUUUUAUUUUUUGAGAUAGGGUUUCUCUCUAUAAUAGCUCUGGCUAUCCUGGACUUGCUUUGUAGACCAGGUUGGCCUCGAACUCACUGAGAUUUCCCUGCCUCUGCCUGAAUGUUGGAAUUAAAGGCGUGUGCCACCACUCCUGGCUGAGUCUAUUUCUUUUUACAUUCUAUUUUAUAUUCUGUUUAUAGUCUUUUUUAUAUUCAUCUAUUUUGAUGAGUUUAAAAAUUAAUUUUGGUUGGCAGUGGUGAAUGUCUUUAAUCUCAGUACUCAGGAGGCAGAAACAGGUGGGUCUCUGAGUUUGAGGCCAGUCUAGUAUAUAGAGCUAGUUUCAGAAAAUCCAGGGCUACACAGAGAAGCACUGUUUUGAAAAACAAAACAAUUUUAUUUCUCAUAGCAUUUCAUAAUUCUAGUUUUCUGUUUUAGAUUUAUGUGUAACGAGUAUCUGUACACUCAGGCAAAUAUGUAUUUCUAAAUAUAUUAUAUUUGCCUCACAUGUGCCUGGUGCUUGUGGAGGUUUGAAGAAUGUGGCAUAUCCCCUGAAACUGGAGUUGCCUGUGGUUGUAAAUGGCCAUGUGAGUCCCAGAAACGGAACCUGGGUCCUCUGCAAGAGUAACAAGUGCUCUUAUCCACGGAGCCAUCUCUCCAGCUCCUCAUUUCAUCAUUCUUUCAAUUAAAGAACAGUACAUUUUUAUACAUUUUUGUAAAAGUUUAUAUGGAAAAUGCACAGUUCUUAGUAUGUCUGAGUAGUACUUAAUGGUGAUCAUUAAGCACCUGAUGUUUCUAAAGGUCUGCUAGUCCUGCAGAUGAAGACAUGAAUGAGUAAGAUUCUGUCUGCCUUCUUCGUGCUAGUAGGAAAGAGACAUAGUAAAGAAGGUUUGGUACAAUUCCAUUUGGAACUUCUAGCUGUGAAUAAUAGAAAUAGAGGUCUUGGUUACAGAUGCCAUAGGCAUGAAUUUGAAGAGGCUUAGGUAAAACUAAAGCAACAGUCCAAAGGCCUUUAAUAUUGUGUUUUCUUAAACCAUUUCACUCUGCCCACCCAUGAUAGAUUCUUUUUGAGGAUUUGCUUGCUUUUUCUUUCCAGUAAAAAUGUGUGACUGUUCUCACAGCCUUUAUUUUCAUCUUAACAUUUUUCAGCCACACAGAUAUACCAGCUUUCCAUUUUAAUUUAAUGUCUGUAUUUCUGUGAGGUAGACCCUGAUUGGCUCAGUCCUUCCUCAAUCCUUUUUUCCCCCCUUGAUUCCCUCAAACACCUUUUUAUUAGUUUCUCUUAAAGUCUAAUUGAAAAUUCCACCUGUCAUCUGAAUCCCCAAUACAAAACAUAAAGGAGAGAGUAUAGAGAGUACAGAUAUAGUUUAAAUGACACAGCAAGCACUUAUUAAGUGACUGUGUACUAAAAAGGAGAUAAUUUAAAAAGUUGGCACUAGAACUAAGGAUGUAAACAAGGCCGACUUGCAAUCUCCAGAACUACAACAAACAAACAAAUCGUCUCUAGGAAUCGUAAGAGCACUAAAAAAUAUGUCACCACUCUUUCCAGCCUUUGUGUGGGUAUGGCCAAGAGGAGGGGGUCAAUGAAUAUUCUUACGGAUGCUUGGCAGUAUUCCCACUUUUUUUGGUGGCAAUAUUUAUACCACUAAGCCUUUAGGGACUCUUCAGCAGAGGUAAUUGAGCAGGAUGGACUUAGCUUCUUUUGUUUCCUGCCACAUGAUGCCUACAAGGUUGAAGCUGAUUCCAGGCUCACAGGGGCCUAAGCACUCAGGCACUGUGGGUAGAGCCACGUCGCAUGUGUUGACUCCAACUGAUCGGGUAUGGACCAUGAUCUGCUCACAGGGAGGUGAGAUAUCAUUAUUGACCACUGGCACUAUCAGGUGCAGUGGCAGCGCUGCUGUGGUGAAGAUUUCGUCUUUUCAGACUUGACUUUCUUUAGUGGCCAGCACUCAUUCUCCCUUUCCUCUGGCUCCAGCUUAGUUCCUGAAGGAUUGAGCGCUGCUAUACUCCCAGUGGCUCCACGGUUCCUGUGUCCAUCCCUGCACUUCCAUCAUACUGACUAUCCCGUCCUCCCAAGGGAACUGACUGGAGGUCCCCAGGAUCCUUUUCUGAACAAGUCACCACACCUUCACUUCUGUCCUUGCUCUUAGAUGAGCUGUUCUCUUUUUCCUUUUUGGAGCCAGCUACACUGCGUGAUGCCUUAGCAGUCUUCUCUGAGCCCUUGGGAGCAACAGCAGCAACCAGGCCUCCUGCAUUGGUACCAUCACCUGAGUGACCCUGUACCUCUUUCUUGUUUGCUGCUUCCUCACUUGGAGAGAACAAGGAAGUCGCUGGAGUGGGUUUGCCUAGUGGCUUUGUUACUCUUACUCCUUUUAGAUUUUGAUUUGCCUUUCUUCCCUUGAGAACCUGGCACUUGGGUGACAAACUUGAUGUUGUCUGGUAGUGUGGCCAAAGCAUUGGGAGCUGGUAUCCCCACCUCCUUGGAGCCUGACAUUUCUAGUUUCUGCUGGUCCUUUUCCAGAUCCUUGUCCAGGUCAGGGAUGAGUGAUUCCCUACUCCAAUGUCCCAUUCAUCCCCACUGUCGUAUGUCUCAACCGGGUUUGCAUCCAUUCCUUUCCCUCCGCAGGCUCCACUGCUCAAGGACAUCUUAGAGUCAACGUCCCACCUCAAGAUUGAUUCAAGGCUCUUCCUUGCCUCCAGCUUUCCUAUUUUGACCUUCAGCUACGUUCUCAGACCUGCCUCCUUGGUCAGAACACGUCCAAGUAUCAUUGCUAGAAACACCAGCAACCAAUGUGUACCAUUCAGGAGUUAUUUUAUGAUUAAGUCAAAAGUUUUGUUCUUGCAUAUUUCUCUGUGCACCACCUUUCUGUAUCGUGAGGCUGGUCCCUGGGAGUUGCCACCUCUGUCUGCCUAGGGCCCUGGGACCACAGAGCUGUUCCUCAAUAAUUCUUGAGCACAGGAUUUUGGAAUCAGUAUCUCCUGAUGGAAACUUGGUUUUGUGUUUGUUCUAAGGUGUCCUUGUGUUGUGGAAGGGUAAAAGAGACCAUUCCCAGAAUAGGUAUUUGUGUGUGGGCUGUUUUUAAGCUCGGUAGACACUGAAAACCAUUUCUAGCUACAAGUGUGAUAAUUUUCUAGAUAUGACUAGGGUAUAGAAAUAGCAUAGGAGGGAAGGAGAUGAAUUAUUAUUUAGGUUGGAGUAGGGUUAAUAACUUCCUGGAGAAAUGGGUAUCUGAUUGGGUUUUUGAAAGACAAAAAUCAAAUGCAGCAGUGUGAAGGAGCUAUAUGCCUCAUAGAAGCACAACAGGAGAAAGAUGGAGAAUGGUGUGCUUUGUUCAUGUAACUUAACUGUAAGCAAGCCUAUAUACUUUUGUAGGAUACCUUUGGCAGGAUGGUUUUGGUAGACUGCAGAGAAACAGGGAGAUUGGGCUAAUUCAUGGGGAGUCCUAGCCAAGGAAAGGUGACAGAUUUGUUUCUUUUAAGAAAGGAUCAUUGUUUUUAGUUGGGUGUUGUAACACACACCUUUAAUCUUAGAACUAGGAGACUGAGGCAGGUGGAUCUCUAGGCCAGUUUGCUCUAUUAAAAGUAAAAAGAUCAUUUCACUGUAUUUAAUUUUAAAGGCAAGUAGGAUAGAUAGAGCACAUAUUUUGAGAGCAUUGCAUUGAGGGAAAAAGGCCAUGUAAAAAAGAAGAGGGGAAAGCUCUGUACAUUAAAUCUUCAGUACUUGGUAGUUUAUUUGAUGUUGGGCGUGGAUAGGUUCUUAAGGUUAUGUACUUCCUGGUCUUCUGACUUCUGACUUUGAAUUGGAGUGAAAUUUAGGAGAGCUGGGUGUUGGUGUUGGAUGCCUUUAAUCUUAUCACUUAGGAAGUAGGCGGCAGAGUGGAUCUCAGAUCUGAGUUCUUGGGCCAUCCUGGUCUACAGAGCUAGUUCCAGGGCAACCAGGGCUUUACAGAGGAACACUGUCUUGACUCUGCUGUCCCCCCCAAUCCCCUCCCCCCCCAAAGAAGUAGGAGCGGGCUGGAGAGGUUGUUCAGCAGUUAACAGCACUUGUUGCUUUUAAAAAAGACUCAGGGGCUGGUGAGAUGGCUCAGUAGGUAAGAGCACCCGACUGCUCUUCCGAAGGUCUGAAGUUCAAAUCCCAGCAACCACAUGGUGGCUCACAACCAUCUGUAACAAGAUCUGACACCCUCUUCUGGAGUGUCUGAAGACAGCUACAGUGUACUUACAUAUAAUAAAUAAAUAAAUCUUAAAAAAAAAAAAAAAGAUUAAAGAAUCAAAAAAAAAAAAAAAAAGACUCAGGUUUGGUUUCUAGCACUGUUCAUUUGAACAUAGCUGGAAACACACAUAGACAGCCAUGCUGACUGACCAUAUUUUCAAAUUCUUGAGAUUAAAAAUCUCUGUGGACCUUUAAUGCUGCCAGACAAUCAACACUUAGUCCACACACUGUCAUUCUCCUAGAUAGUUAUUGGGUUAUAAGAUUCUUUUUCUCUCUCCACCUUACAUACAGUCCAGAUUGUAUAACUCAUGCUGGCUUUUAGCUUAAGAUCAUCUUGCCUCUUUCUUCUCUAUGGGGAAAAGCUAUGCACCACAAUGGACUUGUUUUUCUUUUUUCUUUUUAAAAGUAACACUAUCACUUAUAUUCAACCUUGUUCCCACUUUACUAAAGACAAUAAAAUACUAUAUACUGAUUUUUUUCCUUUUUUUUUUAAUGUAGAAGUGCUCUGUCUGCUUGUACUCCUACACACCAGAAGAAGGGCAGAGCCCUUUAUAGAUGGACCUCCCGAAGGAGCAGCCCCACUUUCAUUCUUCUUAACCAUAGAACUAUCUGGGCUUUCAUUAAAUGAAACUCUAAUGUACUGCGUGUUAUCCCCUUUCUAACUUCAGGAUAGUGGUAUAGGAAUCCCCUUACUCAAUUUUCUUGCAUCGCUAUAUUUUGUUUUGUUUUUUUAUUUUUCCAGACAGAGUUUAUCUACAUAAAAGGUAAUUUUUCUCAUGUAAUGACAAUUGAAUUGACCUCUGGGGCUAGAGAGAUGGUUCAGUGGUUAGGAGCACUGGCUGCUCUUCCAGAGGUCCUGAGUUCAGUUCCCAGUAACUACAUGGUGACUCACAACCAUCUGUUAUGGGAUCUGAUGCCCUCUUCUGGUGUGUCUGAAGAUAGCGACAGUGUAGUCAUAUACAUAAAGUAAAUCUUAAAAAUCAAAACAAAGAAAAAAAACCCACGGUUGACUUCACUUUAACCAACUGACAUUUAAGCUACCAUUUUCUACCAUUUCUUUCUCUGUCUCUCUCCAUCCCUUUUUUUCCCUCUUUCUUUCAAGACAGGGUCUCACUAAGUAGCCUGGGCUGACCUGGAGCUUGCUAUGUACUUCAGGCUGGCUUCUAAGUCAAGAGCCUUCUGCUUCCCAAGUGCUGAGAUUAAAGGAGUACACCAUCACACCCAGCUCUUUGCCCUCUUUUGUAAUAAAAUGACUAAGAUACCAUAUAAUAUAAAAUUCUAGGGUAUGAUUCUGUGCCUUAGUAUAUUUCAUUCUUGUACAUCCAUUACCACUGAUUCUAGAAUAUUUUUUUAUCACCCCUAUAAAGCCCUGAGCAGUUGGACUGUUUCCUCUCCAGACUCUGGAAAUCACUGAUUGACAUGCCAUAUCUAUAGGAUUUACCUGUUCUGGACAUUUUAAAUAAGUGAAAUCAUGUAAUACAUGGACUUUGUGUCUGUUUUUUUUGCCUAAUUUUGUUUUUGUUUAAUGUUCUUGUACUAAAGAAGGAAAGGAUUAGUUUUGGCUUACAGUUUCAUGUUGGUAUAGUCCAUCAUAGAUAGAGUAGAUGGCAGGGUAGCAAGAAGUUGUCAGGUCUCACACAUUAUAUCCAUACUCAGGAAGCAGAGUAAACAGAAAGUGAGACAAGAAUAUAAAACUUUAAGGCCUUCCCUCCAUUGACUCAUUUCUUCAAGCAAGAUUUUACUUCCUAAAGGCUCUAGAACCUUCCCAAGCAGAACUAUCAGUGAUGACCAGGUGUUCAAACUGUGAUCCUAUGAGGGACAUUUUACAUUCAAACCUUAGAGGUUUUCAGGCUCAUUCAUAUUACAUACAUGUUAUCAACUCUUUGUUAUUGUUUUAUGACCAGGUAAUAAUACUCCAUUAUAUAGAUAUACCAUGUUUUGCUUAUCUGUUCAUUAGUUGAUGACAUUAGACUUGUUUUCAUGUUUUGGCUAUUAUGAAAAAUAGUUUAAUUUUAUUAUUUUAAGCUUUAAUUUUCUUUUUUUUUGUCUUUUUGUUUUUUUGUUUUUUGUUUUUUUGUUUUUUUUUUUUUUUUUUUGGUUUUUCGAGACAGGGUUUCUCUGUAUAUCCCUGGCUGUCCAGGAACUUACUCUGUAGACCAUACUGACCUUGAAUUCAGGUGCACCUACCUUUGCCUCCUGAGUGUUCGGAUUAAAGGCAUGUACUGUACCAUCCAACAAUUUUUUGAACAUAUUUUAAAAAUGUGCAUGAGUCUAUACUUAGCAAUUUAUAUUUGCUGUUUUGAAGAACUUUAUUUAAUCUGUUUUGCAGAAAUGAUUGCAUGAUUUUAUAGUUCUGUUGUUCUUAUAUGACUACUUAAGAGUUUCUCCAUGUUCUUAAGCCCAUUUGUAUCAGGGUUUUCUGCUUUUGAACUGAAAGUGCCCUAGACAAGGUCAUGAGUAACGCCAGCAUGCCUACAUUUAGUAGUCAGUUUUCAGUCAUUUGGUUUGAUGUAAAAGCAGCAGUUGGCAGUUGAGUACUCUUAUACCUCCUUAACUCUUGGCUUUCAGGAUGGUGUGUUUUCUACCUUCUGUCUUCUUUCUACUUCUUAUCUUAUUGACAAGUCCUUAUCAGUUUAUUUUUCCUUUGUUGUUUCACAUGUUUCUUUUUUCAUCUUAAAACUUCAAAGUUUAUUGAGGACAUCUAGACUUGUAUGUCUUCAAGUACCAUUUUCAAAAACUGCAUUUACCUUGGCUUAUAAGUUAGUAUCUCUUGUUGAGAUAUUUCAGUUGGAGAAUGUUUAUUCAAAGUCAUGUAUUCAACUGCCUAAUCACUAGGGUGUCUAAUAUACAUUUAGAGUGGAACAUGGUUGCAAAUCAGUCUUUUCCAAAAAAUGACCUCAUAAUUUUAUAGUCCCAUAGGCAGUGCGUGACCUUUCCGGUUCAGAUUUCCAUUAAAAAUACACUCUAGUCAUGUUACCAUGUUUGAUGAAGGCAGUGCUAUCCACUAGUUGUUUGGUUCAAUAACCAUGGGGUUAAACAUAUUCUUCUUACAUCCUAUAUCCAAUCUUCUAGGAAAUCCUGUGACCUUACCUUCAAAAUGUUUGAAAAUGUUUACUAAAUUGUAACAGUUUUGCUGAGCUGUCCCAUCAGCUUAUUUUCUGAGAUCUUGCUUUGCUAUACUGUCCAGGCUAGGCAUGAACAACUUCUCUUCCUCCUACCUUCUCAGCCCUGUGCUAUUAUGUUGUCCUUGAAUUAGCUUUUUAGUCACUAUCUGGACUUUGGCUCUGCUUCAUUAUGAUUCGGGAUUCAGAUAUGACCAAAGAAAUGAUAAAGUAUUCACCACAAAUUGCAGAGGCAGUUGUGACUAGUGGAAAUAAUUUCUUAAUUUACUAGGUGCUUCCAAUUUAGCAUAGAAAUGCUAGUUUACUUCCCCACAGUCCUCUUUCUGAACUGUCUUUUGUAAAAUACAUUUAACAUUUUGUUAACAUUGUAUUUAGCUUUUUAUACAUUUAACAUUUUGUUAGCUAACAUUGUAUUUAGUUUUUUUGUAUUUCCUUUGUGUGCCAGAGAGCACACACUGAUGUAUAUGCCACAACCCACAUAUGGAAGUCAGGAGACCACUUGCAGGAUUCAGUCCUCUUUCCAACUAAGGAAUAGAAUUUAGGCCCUAGGUCAUCUCAUUGGUCUCUAAAUAAAUUCAAUAAUAUCCAAAAUUAAGUUUUUAAUAUCCAUAUAAGUUUUUUCCUGCUUAUCACCACCAGUAGUGUUGUAAAGUGUAUGUGUGUGUGUGUGUGUCUGUAGAGGUCAGUGGACAAAUUGUGGUAGUUUCUCCAUCUACCAUGUGGGUUCUGGGUAUUGAACUCAGUGAUAAUCACUUUUACCUGAGGAGUCAUUUUUACUGGUCCAUGUGUUUAAAGCCUUUUUGAAUACAAGAAUUGGGGCUUUCGAGAAGUUGGCUUUCUGGUUUCAUUUGAGCAUUUUGUAUUUUGCCAUUUUGACUUCUAGGAUUUUUUUUUUUUUUUUUGGACAGAGUUUCUCCAUAUAGCCAUGGCUGUCCUGGAACUCACUUUGUAGACCAGGAUGGCCUCGAACUCAGAAAUCCGCCUGCAGAGGCCUUCCGAGUGCUGGGAUUAAAGGUGUGUGCCACCACACCUGGCUGACUUUUAGGAUUUUAAACAUCAGAUUUUGGUGUUAUGAGAUUUCAGCAUUUGGAUUAAGGCAUUUGAGAAUAUGUUUUUUAGGAGUGUAUUUUGUGGAUUAUGACCAAUAACGGUGUGGUUUAUCUCUUUGUCAAAAUCAAAGCUACUAGUGGUUUGUGUCUGAGGGAUACAGGAGCUCAUUUAUAAAGGUUAUUAUUACAGGCAAAUAUUGAAAUAGCUCCUAGUGAAACUAAGUGAAAUAUGUGUACAAGUGGUAUGGUAAUAUUUACAUUUUUCUGAAAGAUUGAAAAUAAAAAGUAAAUUGAAAAAAAAACUAUUAGUAAUAAGAGUCUGAACUAUCUUCUAAAGUUAUUUAAUUCAGCUUCUCAUUUUAUAUAUGGGGAAGCAAAGGUCUAUGGAGAUGAAACUUGUUAUAUACAAAUGAUUACUGAGGGUAUAACAUGUUACUAUUUUCACUUGCUGCUGCCCAAGGAGACUUAGGUGGCAGUAUAUAGGACACAGGCAGAGGAAUAGGGAUUCAGGGAAGAAGAAUUCAUUGGAGUUGUAGAAGGAGACACCUCUUACUGUGGCACAUUUUAUGUAGGUCACAGCUACACAGUCCGCAUGGGAGGAGAUGAUCUGACCCAAAUGGCAGGACGGAGAGACUGAAGACCCAAAAUGUUACUCAGUUUAACUCCUUUUGAUGUCUUUUUCUUCUUCUAACCUAAAUACUCAUCAACAUUCUAUGUUUUUAAAUUUUUUUGUCACUUGAUUAUUUUGUUUUCCUUCAAGAAUAAACUUGAUAUCAUUGAAAUAUAUAUUUUAGAACUAAGAAAACCUGAUUUCAUGUCUUGACCUUGUCUACUUGCUCCACAACUUGGAUUAGACACUUAAUCCCACUAAAUUUUCACCUUUUGAACUUUAAAAGUUACAACUUCCUAGUUUGAAAGGAUGGACAGUGUAAUACCCUCCUCCUCCGCUUCCUGCUCCUCCUCCUCCACCACUACCACCAACCACCACCACCACUCCGGUUGUUGGGUGGGGAGAUGUGGUUUCUCCUUAGUUUCUUUGGAAGUUUUUAAGGUUGUUUUCCUAAAAAAAUACAGUUUUAUAUUUUGACUUUAUUAGGAUAUUAAUUGAUAUGAUGUGCCAUUUAAAAUUUGGACAAUGCAUAGAUUAUAUAGUAAUUUGCCCUCUUCUUAACUUAUAGCCUAUUUUAGUUGUAUAAUUGAUUAUAUAUCAACAUUAACAUAGAGAAAGGUUUAAAUAUUAGACAUGCAGUAAUAUUAAAACUUAAUGUUUGAAUUUAUUCAGAAACAUAGCAGUUCUUAGUCCCCCAUUUGGCUUAAUUCCUGAGGACCCCCUCCCCUCCCCUCUCCUCUCUUCUCUUUUCUUUUUCUUUUUUUCUUGCUCUCUCUCUCUCUCUCUUUCUCUCUCUCUCUCUCUUUCUCCUCCCUCCCCUCUCACUUUUGAGAAAGUCUCAUGUAACCUAAGCUGGCCUCAACUAAUUAUGUACUUAGUUGAGGUUGAUCUUGACCUUCUGAUUCUCCUGUCCCAAUUCAAGAAAGCUACCACACCUAGCUGCCUUCCUUUUUUCCAUUUACAUUUGUAUAAUAUAUGUAGCAUAUUAUAUAUAAAUUUAAAAAGUAUUUUUUUAAGAUUAUUUAUUUUUAUGUAUAUGAAUACACUGUAGCUGUACAGAUGGUUGUGGUUGCUGGGAUUUGAACUCAGGACCUUUGGAAGAGCAGUCAGUGAUCUUAACCGCUGAGCCAUCUCUCCAGCCCAAAAAAAGUAUUAUUUUGAGACAGGGUUUUUCUGUGUAACUCUGACGACUGUCAUGGAACUUGCUCUGUAGACUAGGCUGGCUUCAAACUCAGUUCUGCCUGCCUCUGCCUCUCCAGUACUGGGAUUAAAGGCAUGUAAUAACUUUGUGUAUAUGUAUGCAUGCCUGCUUAUUUGUAUAUGGACCAUAUGUAUGCAAAUACCAUGGAGGCCAAAAGUUAGAUCCUUUGAAAUUGGAUUUAUAGGUAGUUGUAAACUGUUGAUGUUGGUGCUGGAAACUGAACCCAUGUCCCCUGCAGUUAUCAGCAAGUAUUAACUCCUGAGCUGUCUCUCCAACCCCUAUAUUCAUGUUAAAUGCAUUGAAAAUACCAUUCUUCUGUUUUCUGGCUUCACUAUUGAGAGUGCUCAGAGAUCUCAUAUUUGAAGGCAAUUUUUAGAAAAUCACAUUUUAAAAUAAUCUCAUGAAAUGUACAUUUAAUUUUAUUAUAAAUAAGGAUUGAAGCUCAGCUUUACGUGCUACUGUCAAACAGCUAGAAGAUAGUAGAUUAAAAUCCAGCUCUAUCAAACAGUGUACUUACUGAUAUUUAUUGAUCUCAUAUUUAUGCAGUGAGUUGGAUUCUAUAUUUUGACAUUACUUAUGGUUCUCAAUUUAUAGAUUGGAAAAAAGCAUGCUGUUGGAGUAUAAGGAAGGAUAUUAUUAAUAGCUAAAAUAGUUGUAGAUUCUAUAGGAAAGAUGAUGCAAAGAUUUUAUAUUUGGACUUACUAGAGACUUUGUAAAUGUGAUAGGAUUUGCUUUGAAUCCCCAAGUUUGAGAUUAAAAUUUAGAAGCUGUUUUAGUCAGAAGUAGAUGACAUGAUAGAGUGAUGAGAGUUGAGAGGUUGAAAGCAAAAUUGCUUCAGUAUAACUGGUUUAUUAAUACUAUACCAAAAGUAAGAUUGUCUGCAGUAAUGCUUUCUUGGGAAGAACUUUGGAUCUCUAUGGUUAAUGGGGAGUUCUUCAAGAGUUGUUUGGAAAUGGAGUCUGGGACAGGUACAUAGAUCAAACCUUUUUUUUUUCUUUUUUUUUUUUUUUUUAAACACAGGUUCUCUUUGUAGUCCUGACUGUCCUGACACUUGUUCUGUAGACCAUGCUGGCCUCAAGAUCUGCCGGCCUCUGCUUCCCAACACCACUCAGUUUAACAGAACAUUAAAAAAAAAAAAAAAAAAAAAAAAAAAAAGGUUUAUUUAGGGGUCUGCAGAGAUGACCUAUUUAGAGUGAGAUUAGCUGUUAAGAGCGAGUGUUACUCUUGUAGAGGACCUGAGUGUGUUUCUUAGCACUCACGCUAGAUGGCUAACAAUCUGUAACUCCAGAUCCAGAGGGAUCUGAUGUCCCUGGCCUUUUCAGGUGUCUGCAUUUAAAUACAUAUACUUUUCUACCUACAUAUACAUAAUUAAAAAUAAAAAUCUAAGAAUUUUAAAUAGUUUUUUUUUUUUUUUUUUGUUUUUUUAAUGUGAAUCUCUGUAAGUAUACUUGUGGACAAAUGUGGCAUGUGGAUAGGUGCUCAUGGAGACCAGAAGAGGGCAUUGAAUUUCCCUGGAGUUGACAUUAUAAGGCAUUGUGAGCUGUCCAACAUGGGUGCUGAGAACUGAACUUGGUUCCUUUGCAAGAGUAGGAGGUACUCUUAAAUGCUGAACUCUCUCCAACAGAACUUUCAGAUUAUGGCUUUGCCACUUUCUUACUUAUAUUUUGGGUAAUUUUUUAAAAAACUUAUUUGGGAGUUUUGACUAAGAACUAGCAACUAUGUCUCAGCCUCACAGGUUUUGGGAUUAUACGUGGUUAUGUUUCACCAUACGUGGCUGUUGUGGAUAAUUUGUCUUGUCUUGACUUGACUUGACUUGUCUCAUCUUCUUUGUUUUGUUUUCUUUUUUUCGAGACAGGGUUUCUCUGUGUAGCCCUGGCUGUCCUGGAACUCACUCUGUAGACCAGGCUGACCUCGAACUCAGAAAUUCGCCUGCCUCUGCCUCCCAAGUGCUGGGAUUAAAGGCAUGCGCCACCACGCCCGUUGUCUCAUCUUCUUGUCUUGUCUUGCCUCUUCUUCUUGUCUUCGUCUUCUCUUUUCUUCUCUUUCCUCCUGUUCUCCCCCCACCCCCUUUUCUAGGUUUAGUUUUAUUUAUGUGUAUGUGUGUGUGUGUGUGUGUGUGUGUAUGUGUAUAUAUAUAUAUAUAUAUAUAUUUUUUUUUUUUUUUUUUGGUUAGUAAACUGGUGCCUAUGGAACCAGAAGAGGGCAUCAGAUCCUCUGGAGCUAGAAUUACAGGUGUAUUCCAGAGAACAAUUUUGAGAUAUCUUUGCUUAUAUUUGACAUUGAGCAGUCAGGGGAUUUAGGCAUAUGAGGAGGUACUGUCACAUAAAACAGUGUCUAGUGAAGACGACAAGAAAGAGAGAAAAGGAUCGGAAAAAGAAGCUAAAAUACCAUAGGAAACCAUGAGAUCUAUUAGAUCUUUUGCCAAUGAUGAUCGCCAUGUUAUGGUGAAACAUUCAACAAUCUAUCCAUCUCCAGAGGAACUUGAAGCUGUGCAAAAUAUGGUGUCUACUGUUGAAUGUGCUCUUAAACAUGUCUCAGAUUGGCUGGACGAAACAAACAAAGGCACAAAACCUGAGGGGGAAACAGAAGUAAAGAAAGAUGAAGCUGUGGAAAACUAUUCCAAGGAUCAAGGUGGCCGGACAUUGUGUGGUGUAAUGAGGAUUGGCUUGGUUGCAAAAGGCUUGCUGAUUAAAGAUGAUAUGGACCUGGAGCUAGUCUUAAUGUGCAAAGACAAACCCACGGAAACCCUGUUAAAUACAGUUAAAGAUAACCUUCCUAUUCAGAUUCAGAAACUAACAGAAGAGAAAUACCAAGUGGAACAAUGUAUAAAUGAAGCAUCCAUUAUAAUUCGGAACACGAAAGAGCCAACACUGACUUUGAAGGUGAUACUUACUUCCCCUCUAAUUAGGGACGAAUUGGAGAAGAAGGAUGGAGAAAAUGUUAUGAUGAAAGACCCUCCGGACUUAUUGGACAGGCAAAAAUGCCUGAAUGCCUUGGCUUCUCUUCGACAUGCCAAAUGGUUCCAGGCAAGGGCAAAUGGAUUAAAAUCAUGUGUAAUUGUCCUCCGCAUUCUGCGUGAUUUGUGCAACAGAGUACCCACAUGGGCACCAUUGAAAGGAUGGCCACUAGAGCUUAUAUGUGAAAAGUCUAUAGGUACUUGUAAUAGACCUUUGGGCGCUGGGGAGGCCUUGAGACGAGUAAUGGAGUGUUUGGCAUCUGGAAUACUACUUCCUGGUGGCCCUGGUCUUCAUGAUCCUUGUGAGCGAGACCCAACAGAUGCUCUAAGCUAUAUGACCACUCAGCAAAAAGAAGAUAUUACCCAUAGUGCACAGCAUGCACUUAGACUAUCAGCCUUUGGCCAGAUUUAUAAAGUGCUGGAGAUGGACCCUCUUCCGUCUAGUAAGCCUUUUCAGAAGUAUUCCUGGUCAGUUACUGAUAAAGAAGGUGCUGGGUCUUCAGCUCUAAAGAGGCCAUUUGAAGAUGGAUUGGGGGAUGAUAAAGAUCCCAACAAGAAGAUGAAACGAAACUUAAGGAAAAUUCUAGAUAGUAAAGCAAUAGACCUUAUGAAUGCACUAAUGAGAUUAAAUCAGAUCAGGCCCGGGCUUCAGUAUAAGCUUUUGUCACAAUCUGGCCCGGUCCAUGCCCCAGUCUUCACAAUGUCUGUAGAUGUGGAUGGCACAACAUAUGAAGCCUCAGGACCAUCCAAGAAAACAGCAAAGCUUCAUGUGGCAGUGAAGGUUUUACAGGCAAUGGGAUACCCAACAGGUUUUGAUGCAGAUAUUGAAUGUAUCAGUUCCGAUGAAAAAUCAGAUAAUGAAAGCAAAAAUGAUACAGUAUCUUCAAACUCAAGCAAUAAUACUGGAAAUUCUACAACUGAGACCUCCAGUACCUUAGAGGUAAGAACUCAGGGUCCUAUCCUCACAGCAAGUGGCAAAAAUCCUGUGAUGGAGCUCAAUGAAAAAAGAAGAGGUCUCAAAUAUGAACUCAUCUCAGAAACUGGUGGAAGCCAUGACAAGCGCUUUGUAAUGGAGGUAGAAGUAGAUGGACAGAAAUUCAGAGGUGCAGGUCCAAACAAGAAAGUGGCCAAGGCAAGUGCAGCACUAGCUGCCCUGGAGAAGCUGUUUUCUGGACCCAAUGCGGCAAAUAAUAAGAAAAAGAAGAUCAUUCCUCAGGCAAAAGGUGUUGUGAAUACAGCAGUAUCUGCGGCAGUCCAGGCAGUUCGGGGCAGAGGAAGAGGAACUCUGACAAGGGGAGCAUUCGUGGGGGCUACAGCAGCUCCUGGAUAUAUAGCUCCAGGUUACGGAACCCCAUAUGGUUACAGCACAGCUGCCCCUGCAUAUGGUGGUUUUUUCAUUGACAGCCCCUAUUGCCAGCCUCUGAGCGUCGCACCAUUUAUUAUUCACUUGGGCCCUCAAGAUUUCUUCUCUGACUUCUAGAACCAUCAGGUUGUCUGGCUUGAAUGGCAAUUUUAUAUCUUGGUCUUAAGAGCAAUGUGACCCCUAAGGCUUUCCAGCUUUCAGAUCCACUCUAACCCUUUUUGAAAUCAAUGACUAAGAAUUUUAAAAAAGAGCAAUACUUUGUCCAAAGCCACGAUGUCUGUUUUAAAGCUCUCCUUUUGGACAUGUAGCAAUAUCUAGAUGUAAACCCUUCAGUGUGUAGCUCUUGUCAGGGAGUUUACAGACCAAUGUAGAAUUUAGAAUCUAUGUGAGCAGUGCUAUAUCCUCUGACACUUUUUAAUCGUUUUUAGUACAUAACUUGAGCUUUUACUUUUCUGACUUUGCCAGCUAGCAGUAUUAUAAUUAAUCCGAGACAGGUGUCCUCCUUAAGCCAUAUCUUUUGGUGGGGGCCGACGCUUCACCAGAGGUGUGGCUGGCAACCUGUGCCCCUUAAGGCUGCAGGAGCGCCACAUCUCUUGUGCCUCAUAAUGGCUCCAUAGAUUUCCAACAUACCUCAUGCUGAUGAGGUUUGGUGCAUAGUAUGGCAAAGUAAGGGGUUGGGUUAAGUAGCUCCUGAGAUUGUUUGUAAUCCCUCAAACUGUUACCCUCUGGGAAUGAAAUACUUAAUGGUUUUGCUUGGAUUAGCAUUUUCUUUUUUCUUCUUCUUCUCCUUUUUUUUUCUUUUUUUUUUAAAUGGGUGAAUGUUUGAAAAUCAUGAAUCAGUCACCGUAAUUAAUUGAAGAGCUGGGAAUACCUUGUUAAUGUAUUUUUAAAACUGGUGUUGGACCCUCUGUGUAUUUCAGGUUAAUACUUUUAAGCAGUUUUCAGCACGUUUAUCUCACUUUAUUCUCGUUCUCCUCGGACCUCCGUAGCCAUAUCACUUGUAUAAAAUAGGCUGAGAUAUAGUGACUGUAAGCUGUGAUCUCAGUAUUCAAAGGUAAGCUCUUUUAUUUUCUGAUUAAAGAAAACAAUAACCAAUUAACACAACCUGCAUAUAUGACAAUCAUAUGAUGUAUUUGAUCUCUUAGGUCUUAUGUCACUGCAUUAACUUUAAAUUUUUAUGGUCUAAAUGUAAAAUAGUAAUUUCCAGCAUUUGUUUUAAUACUCUUGUAAACGCUUUAUAUUCAAGAGAAACAUUACACAUUCACUGAGUCCAGUGUAUGUGGGUAGAAUUGUAGGAUUUAAUGUAUAUGUAAUUUAUACAUAACAGAGGCACCUGCUUGAAUAUAACAAUUCAGUUGUAGGAACACUAUCUAAGGAGAGUCAAAAUGACAGGGCACUGUCUUGUUCAAGGAGCUAGGAUAUCAGAAUCAGUAAUGCUGGUGACAUGCUGUAGAAUUCAUGUGCAUUUGCUGCACAGGCUGAGGGAUACAAGUGCCAAUCUCAAGAAGAUCACCUCCUCUGACCUGUGUUGCAUGCUCCAAUACAGCAACAGCAAGAAGCCAUUUAAAAAAGCAAUAGAGAAUCAAAGACAAAACUAUAAACUGUGGGAAAUAUAUGUAAUUGGCUGAGUUAAGCUAAUUAUUUGCAGAAUCAACUUCAGCAAGUUACUGAGUCUGCAGAAACCAAAUCUGCUUAAGGAAUCGGAUAAUCUGUCUGUCCGUCUGACUGUCUGUCUCAAGUUAGGAAGCUAGAAUAUUAUUUCUCACUGUAUUCAGUCAUGAACAGAGUUCAUUUAUAGGAUAUCAGUAUUAGGCCAAACCUUAAUCCACAAAUACACCUUAUUAUGUUAGCUGUUAAGUGCUAAAGCUGUAUGUGUGUGUGUGUAUGUAUAAAUGAAUUUUAUGCUUUACAUUUCUUUCUAUAGCAGUUUCUGUUCAUCUCUAGCAUUAAGGCUGCUGAAACUUUGUUCUCACACAGAACCUGCAGUUCAUGAGGUCGGCUUCUGUUAAAGGCUGUACAAAGCAGAGCAGAGAAGUGCAGUGCACUGUAAUCCUGUUCCUGCUGAUGCCAGGUCCUUUUUCUGGGACCAGGGAACAGAGGCUAUGAUCAGUGCAAGUAUCUUAAGUUUUCUGAUGGAAUUCCUGAUGGAAUUGGCCUUGUUGUAAAUAAAUACCCUACUUUGGAAGAUAGUGUAUUAACAGUGGCAAAAGUUAUUAAUUCAUUUAGUAGUGUAAUUAUAAAAUACUGAAUAUUUGUAGGUUUUUCAACACCACAAAAUUGGUGUUACUUGAGGAUUUCCUCAAGUAGCAUAUUUUCUCUGGCAUUCGUGAUGGACUGAACUUCGCUCUGGUUAUGCUACUCAUGUUCUGUCCAAGUGGGUGUUGAGAAGAUGAGAAGCUCAGCACCACUGCAGCCCUGCUUUUGGCAUCUCUAUGUAUAGUCCUGCAAAGAACUCAAUGGGAAAUGUAAACCCUGACUACAUUCUUUCAAUGGCAGGUGAAUGUUACUGUUAUAAGAAAUCACUUGCUGUAAUUGUCCUGGUUUUUAUUUUUCACUAAUGAUAGGCGUCGAGAAGAAGAGUCAGUACUAAGUUUUUCUUCCCAAGCUGUUUGGAGCCUGUAACCAGGGACAUUGUAAACAGAGUGACAUGUGAAAGCAGCCUACUCUGAAUGGUCUGCCUUUCAUUUCCACUCUUUGAAUGCCCCCUCAAGUCACCUAGAGAUAGAAAGAUGCCAUGUUAUUUAGCUUUGUUCUCUGCAACAUCUGGUAUCAUACAGCUAGGCAUCAUGAUUCCUUAGUGUGACUAGGAGGCUUGUGGAAGGAAAUGGGUGGAGUGUCAAUGAGAACAGCAGGCCCAAGUACCUGCUGUCAUGAUGAACUUCAGCACGGGUGUGUGUUUCUGUACCACCUAACUUACAGAGCACAGUACAGCUGAUUUAAGAUGAGUUCCCCCUUUUACAAAAUAGUAUUUUGCAAAAAGACUUUUUUAAGUAAAGAAUUCAUGUUGGGUUAAUUAUAUAAAUAAGUAUCCUUUUCCACAUACCACUAUUUCAGUUAGGAGCUAACAGCUUCCAUUAAUGUUUGAAGUUUUUAAAAAUAGAAUUAUAAUAUAAAUUUGUCUUAUGUAAGAUUUACAGCACAGCUAGAGAUACAGAAUAGAAAACAUAUGAGAAUCUGGGCCAAAGCAUUUCUCUCACUCCAGCUCAUUUCUGUGGAACUCGGAUAUCUCAUGACUUUAUAUAUUCAAAGCUUUUAAUGGUACCUGUUACACAGCAAGUACUCUGUGAAUGCUGACUCUGCUGUUCUGAUCGAGGUGGGGGAAGGAUGUGAGGGAAGUGAGACUAUGCUGGUUAAGCAACAGGUGCAUGGCCUGCUUAGGGCAGAGUUGUGCUUACUCCUUUGCUCACAGACUUGGCAGAACAGAUUUGCCCAUAUUUGUGCUGCAGCAGUUAAAUCAGCCAACUUGCAGCCCAGGGUUUGUAAAUACUUGUUUAGGAUUUAUGGGUGCUUAGAAUUUCACAAGGGCUGACCUUAGACCAUCUACCUGCCAAUUCAAGUUUCCUACCCAUACUUUAGUAAUAAAAAAAUCUACAACAGCCAGAAUCAAGUUUUCAAGGCUUGUGUGUUUGUUGGUAAAGAACAAGUUAUUAUAGGAAGCAUGCUUAGGAUGCUGUUGACUCAUUUUCUUUGAGGAGUUCUUGUACCUUGUGUUAUGCUGGGGCAUUCGAUUUCUUGUACCUUAUUUCAUGCUGGGACAUUCGGUGGAACACAUGUACACUCAUCAGCAUAUGAUGCCUUCCUUCUAUCUGAUACUCUUAGGGCAUUACUAUUCUAUUUCUAUCUCUAUCUGUUUAUCUACCUAUUUGGAUACAAUUGGGAAGUUUCUUUUUAUUACAAGGACAAGUGUGUUGAUGGUGAAGUUACUGCUGCUCAACUGAGUAAAGGGCUUGUAUCUACCAUGGAAGUGCUGGCUCACACAUGCUUGCAAAGACUUGAUCACAGAAGAGGGUGGACAGGUUGAGUCCCAGGCUGGUAGGAGGUGAGUUAUGUGGAAACAUAGAUUGAAUUCCAAGAUGCUGUAGUUUUAGAAAAAACUCUGGACAAGGAUUAACUUUAAGGAGGCCAGCUGAAACUGUUGGUAGGUUCUUCAUCUCACUUAUCCAACAUUUGAAGCAAGGUUCUUAAUGUAGGUAUGCAUGCAUACACAUCAAAAAACAACCCCUGCCAAUAAUAACAACAAUCUUAAAA